AUGGGGAUCGAUUUCAAGGACACAUCCUCAGCUUCUAUGGGUGCAAGCUUUCCAGACUUGAACUCUUCGGUCUGGGACAACUUGGACUAUCCGUCGUCCUCUGGAGACGAACGCGGCUGUUACGCAACGGACUAUGACGUCUCUGAAGGCGUCAAAGUAUUUCUCACAGUGUCUUUCGUCUUGACCAUUGCCGUGUGUGGUGUUGGCAACUCCUUGUUAUGUUUCCUCAUCAUUAGACACAAAAGGCUUCGGAGCGUCACCAAUCUCUUGAUUGCCAACCUUGCAGGAUCGGACGCGUUGGUGGCGCUCUUCAGCGCGCCCUUGUCACUGCAUGUGUAUCUUCAGCAGAACUGGACGUUGCCUUUCACCCUAUGUCCUAUUGUCGGGACAGUCAAGAACGUUUCACUCUAUGUGUCUGUCAACACACUCCUGGUCAUUGCCAUAGACAGGUACAUUGGUAUUUUUAGACCGCUGCGUCCUCGGAUGAAGAAGUCGACGCUUUGCGCGAUCAUUGCCUCCAUCUGGAUCGUGUCCAUCUCGGUAACGUUACCGACACCUCUAAAAACCCAGGUCACCACGUUCAAGAACUGCCACACCGGCCAGAUACAGAACCAGUGCUUCGAGUUAUGGCACAACCUCUUCGCUGGCAAAAUCUACAUCUCUUUCAUGACGGUUUUCGAGUUCCUGAUACCGUUCUUUACCAUGGGAUCCAUCUACCUGCAGAUCGCUAUGCAGCUAUGGAUGCACCGGACGCCACCGGGUAACCAGACAGAGCGACACCGUGAAAUCACAUUCGUUCGCAAGCAGAAGACCAUCCCUAUGCUUAUCACCGUCGUCGUUGCCUUUUUCGUAUGCUGGGCGCCAUAUUACGCCUACACGCUGGCGGUGUACUUCGCAAUGGACACCCUGGAAAACUACCCGGGCCACAUUGCGCUCUUCUACGUGGUCGAAAGCAUCGCCAUGCUCAACUCUGUCAUCAGCACCAUUAUUUAUUUCUUGAUGAGCCCCAAUUUCAGAUCCGAGUUGACCACCAUGGCUUCCAAUCUCCUUGGACGGAAGUCAUCAGGUCGGAACAGAACAAGCGACAUGGACAAGGAGAAGUUCAACACACCUAAUAAUACUCACAGUAACAUAUCUCAAGGACGCAACGGCUACAUUCAGGUAGGGCUGGUGCGGAAGAGCUCUGACCAAACUGCCGAGGCUCGAUUCUAGUCCGGUAACACGGAAGAGAACAAUAUUGAUGCACCUUGUAGAAGGAUGAGAGAUGACUUUCCUUCAUCAAAAAUGCCGAUCAACGAACGUGGAGAGCGUCAACACCACAUAAAUACAAUAGCCAACACUAGAACAACACUGCAAAGUUUUAACGCCCUCUACGUUCGUUGGUGCCGAUCAGGACUGACCACAUUGUUACUUACGCCACAGACUUCAUUUCUUACUAUACAUUUUAAAGUCACGGGUGCAAUCAAAAUUGGGGGGAAGUGAGAAGGACGAGACAUGCAGGGAAUACCCUGACUCGAAAGAGGUUUGUUGGGAGACGUUUAGUUUAUUGCUCAGGAAUACCGGAUGAUCCGUCAUCCUACUUGAGGGCGGACCGAAGCUGAUAGAUGUCAGAGGUUCUAUUUACGAAAGCCCAACAUUUUUCAUAAACAUGACAGUUAAUAACUGAAGACUGAUACACAGAAUGGCCUCGGUUCAUGUCAACUUUGUUGUCACAAGGUUCUUUUACACCAGCCCAAAUAUCAAAUACCCUGUUUUGACAGUGUGAAAGCAAAGUACUCGUAAUGUGUGCAGAAGGAUGUACCUGUAAAUUAGCAGGACAGGUUAAAUAGUGUGGGAGCUUUCGCAUUUUCUUAAAUUUACGGAAAUGGCCGUAGUUACCGCGCCGUUGUCUCCGACCGCGGUACACAUAUUGUUGGUAGAUGCGACCGCGGUGUAACGGUAAUAAUGCACGUUUAUCAUAUGAAAACGGCAUCAUUGCAUCGUCCAUUUUAGAUUCACUGCACGUAUGAUAUAGGUCUUAUAUGGCUCAUGAUAAUACCACUGUGGCAGUGCACUCUUCCCUCAUCAAAACCAAUGACGAUGGAGUGCGACUGGUAUGCGCAUGUGCACACCAUGUGAUGGGGAAAAGUUGUAUUUGAAUUAUACUGUGUAAAUAGAAACUACGUGUAUGAUGCACAGCGCCUGCCAUAGUCACUCACCAUGAUUAAAAGCACCAUGCCAUAUACAAUUUUACCAUUUCUACUUGUGAAGUCUGUUACCCAGGGAGUUUGCAAUGCUCUACGUAUUUUUGCACUUUUGUAGCAAAAAAACAACAACUGUAUGUAGAAUGAAAUCGGUUAUAUAACAUCGAAAAUAAAACCAACAGACAAAAUCGUCGUUGAAAUCUAAGUGUUUAUUUCUUAUUAAUGAUGAAUGCAAGUUAGUUGGCGCGCUGCAUCUUAACUGUGCAUCAGAUAUUUUGUAAGUACUUGUCUGUAAAUUAUUUAAUGAUAUUUAUUACUUCUUCUAAAACUCUCAAUAAGUAAAUUUACUCCGAUAUUUUUUCUAUCACCUCAUUUUGUUUCAAAAUCUCU